AUGGGCGUCCAACUCAGCCAUAUCCGCAAGGAUACGCCGCGUAUACGCCUCAAUAUCCGCCUCAAUAUCCGCCUCAAUAUCCGCCAGUGGGGUAUCUUCCUGCCCCAGGGAUGUACCCACCCCCCUCCUCAGCAUGCACAAGCGUAUUAUGCAGCUCAAGGGCGGCAGCUGUUUGUACAGGCAUUACUGACUUCAGGUGGAGGAUAUAUGGUUCCUCCUCAGCCAGGAUACGUUGUAUACCCAGGUAUGGCAACGUAUGGUGGUGGUUACUACAAGUAUAAGCUCAAGAAACACAAGCAUAAAGGCUUUAAGUUUAAAUAG